AUGACAAAGUCCCUCACUAAGGUUGUGUACAAGCCCGACACUCAGUCGACAGACGAGUUUAUUGUCAUUGUCAAUCCAGCAGAGUACAAGAAAUGGAAAGCCGGAGGUAAAACGAUCGCUCUGGCAGAGGUUGUUGAUGCUUUCAAAGUGUUUUUCUCCAAUCAAGGCGCUCAGGGCAUUCUGGGUGCGCCGUCAAAGCAACAACUGGAUACUACCUUUGGCACGACAAAUGACGUUGAUGUCAUGACGCAGAUCCUGGAGAAGGGGAAAGAACAAUCUGGGAAUGGCAUCAGUUCUGGAGGGACGGCUACAAAUUUUGCACGUGGGAGCAUCGCCCUCGACAACAAGGGCAAGGGACUGACGGGCAUAUAA